AUGGAACGUAUCUCUAUAGCAAACGUCUCUGUUAAUAUUUUACAAGCGAGAAAAGAUUUAUUAAAUACAACUUACUAUAAAAGCUUACAAAGAUUAGUUCAAGUUCUUCAGGAUAUGAAAAAAUUUAUUGAAAAUAUAACACAAUAUAAUAUAAUGCAAAGAUAUUUAGAAAAAAAAGUAGUUGAAAAUGAAUUUAAAGAAUUAUGUGAAAAAUAUGAUAACAGUAUUAAUGUGUUAAACUUUCACUUAUUGGUUAAUUUUAAGUUUAAUGCCCAAGAGGAAGAUGACAUAAUUAUUGGUGCUGUUGAGCUAGCAACGUCAGUUUCUAAUAUUUUUUCAAAUUAUACAGAAUUAUAUAAGUCAUCUCAGCAUUAUGAUUAUAUUACCAAGAUUUUGAAACAUAUCUUUGUAGCAAACAUCUCUGUUAAUAUUUUACAAGCGAAAAAGGAUUUAUUAACCUCAAAUUAUUAUAAAAGUUUACAAGGAUUGGAUCAAGUUCUUCAUAAUAUGAUUAAAUAUAUUGAAGAAAUAAAGCAAAAGAAUUUAAAGAAUAAAAUGAUCAAAAAAAAAUUCCCAGAAUUAUGUGAAGAAUAUGAUAGUAGUAUUAGUUUGUUAAAUUUUAACUUAUUGGUUGAUUUAAUGUUUAGCGACCAAGAGGAAAAUUAUGAUACAAUUUUUGAUGCUGUUGAGCUAGCAACGUCAGUAUCCGAUAUUUUUUCAAAAUCUACAGAAUCAAAUGGAUCAACUCAGCAUAAUAAAAACAUUGCCAAGAUUUUGACGGAACGUGUAUCUGCAGUAAUUACCUCUGUUAAUAUUUUACAAGCGAGAGAGGAAUCAUUAACUUCGACGUACUAUAAAG